UCAGAUUUCUACGUGCGCUACGUGUCCGGUUUCCGGGGGAGUCGUAAGCUGAAGGUCGGCGAGUACAGCUUUACCAAAAACAAGGAGUGCGUAAACAAGACGUACUGGUCCUGUGCGAGAGCCGGCAUGAGCAAAUGCAAGGCCCGAGUACUGACCUACACACUGCAGAACGGCGAGGAAAAUCUGGUCGUUCGGUAUCCCACGCACAACCACGAACCGUUCUAGUACUGCAAUCCGACCGCUUUGUGAAUAAACGCAUUUAAAUGAUGAAAAUAGUGCCGGGGUUUUUCAUUGGAAUACGUGUUUUUCG